AUGUCAGCGUGUUACAUUUUCUUAUUAAUUUUGUUAAUUAAUUUGGGGUGCGUUAUUUCCGAGUUGAGUUUGCGGUUUGUGUUCAUAAUAGAGACACAUGAAGAGGAUUUAACGCAAAACAUUGCCAAUGCUCUGAAGUUAGCAGAGCAAGCAAGCCCUGAUUUGAAACUGGAUGAUGCUAUUGUUACUUUGGAUAGGGAGAGAGAAGAAGAAAGUUAUAGAAAGCUUUGUUCAGCAGUCUCCAGAGGAGUAUCUAUGAUCAUUGAUUUAUCUUGGUCUCCGUGGGAGAUGGCUGAGGAGCUGUCAUCUGCCACACAAGUUCCUCUUAUCAGGACACUGCUGGGAUCUCAGCAGCUUGUAAAAGCUAUUGAUGAUCAUCUGGAGUCGAGGAAUGUAACUGAUGCUGCGAUUAUAUUGGAGAGUGAAGGUGAUGUAGACAGAACUUUGUACGAACUCCUGGGAGUGUCACAUGUGCGUGUAUGGGUUCACGCCGGUCUCACCAGAGACUCGGCUCGGGCGCUUAAGUCCAUGAGACCUGAACCCAGCUUCUACAUCAUCGUUGGCCAAAACGGGUUCUUAACUGAUACGUAUAAACGUGCAGUAAAGGAAAAAUUGGUGCGUCGCAGUUUUCGCUGGAUCCUUCUACUGACUGACUAUUCAACUUUCGACGUGAGCCAAUUAGUGCUUCCGACAAUCAUACUCCAGGUAGACUCUGGAGAAUGCUGCAGAGUGUUGAGGAAAGAAGACUGUACUUGUCCAGAAGUUUUUCAGAAGAAGCAACACAUUCUCAACGCGUUAAUAGCAUACAUCUCCGAAGUCUACUCAAAGUUAGACCGGGAACUUUCAGUCAUCACUUCAGCAGUAGACUGUGAUGACCUCGAACCAACUAUGAAUAGCACAAAGGAGAAGAUUUACAGAAAAUUUGCAGAAGAUGCUGACAUCAGUAAUGAGACAACGUUCUAUUGGGAUGCUGAUAGAUCUGGACUCUUCCUCCGUUCGCAUUUCAUCUUAUCAAACUACAAGCCAGAAUCUAGUUCCCAGGUGGUAGCGACCUGGUCUUCCAAUGAAGAGUACAAGUUACUGCCAGAUGUGGAACUGGAACCGCUAAGGAUGUUUUUCAGGAUCGGAACGGCAGUGGCUAUACCCUGGACGCUGCCGAAGCUUGACCCUCAAUCGGGGGAACAGAUGAUCAAUGAAGAUGGCCAGCCUCUCUAUGAGGGGUAUUGCAUAGAUCUCAUGCAGAGGUUAUCUGAAACAAUGUUAUUUGAUUACGAAAUAGUAAGUCCGAAGAGUGGAGACUUCGGAAAGAAGCUUCCUAAUGGUACAUGGGAUGGUGUUGUUGGAGAUUUAAUGAGAGGGGAGACCGACAUCGCUAUAUCAGCAUUAACCAUGACAGCAGAAAGAGAAGAAGUUAUUGAUUUCGUGGCACCAUACUUCGAACAAACUGGGAUUCUCAUCGCUAUCAGAAAACCAAUUCGAAAAACAUCACUCUUCAAGUUCAUGACGGUACUUCGCACUGAAGUGUGGUUAAGCAUCGUGGCUGCGUUGGUACUUACUGGCUUUAUGAUCUGGUUGCUGGAUAAAUACUCGCCAUAUUCUGCCAGGAAUAACCCUGAUGCAUAUCCUUAUCCAUGCAGAGAAUUCACUCUGAAGGAAAGUUUUUGGUUUGCCUUGACGUCUUUUACUCCUCAAGGGGGUGGGGAAGCACCUAAGGCUCUGUCAGGAAGAACUCUGGUUGCUGCGUACUGGUUAUUCGUAGUGCUCAUGCUGGCCACCUUCACGGCUAAUCUGGCUGCGUUUCUUACUGUUGAGAGGAUGCAGACACCAGUUUCCUCCCUGGAACAGCUUGCCCGUCAGUCCAGGAUCAACUACACAGUUGUGGAAGGUUCCUCGGUCCACCAGUACUUCAUUAAUAUGAAGUUUGCUGAAGAUACUCUAUAUCGGGUAUGGAAAGAGAUUACACUAAAUGCCACAUCAGAUCAAGCUCAGUACAGAGUUUGGGAUUAUCCCAUUAGAGAGCAGUAUGGCCAUAUUUUAUUGGCUAUUAAUGCUUCAGGUCCCGUCCCGGAUGCUAAGACAGGCUUUCAACAAGUCAACGAACACACAGACGCAGACUUUGCAUUCAUUCACGACUCUGCUGAAAUAAAAUAUGAAGUCACUCGUAAUUGUAAUCUGACGGAGGUGGGAGAGGUAUUCGCGGAGCAACCUUAUGCAAUAGCUGUGCAGCAAGGGUCCAGGUUGCAAGAAGACCUGUCCAGGGCAUUACUGGAGUUGCAGAAAGAACGGUUUCUAGAGCAAUUGGCGUCGAAGUAUUGGAACGAGUCUGCCAGACAAGCUUGUCCUGAUGCUGACGAGUCGGAGGGAAUCACUUUGGAGAGUUUGGGAGGAGUAUUCAUUGCAACUCUCUUCGGCUUAGGCCUGGCCAUGAUAACAUUGGCUUGGGAAGUCUUCUACUACAAACGCAAAGAGAAGAACAAGAUCCAAACAGUCAAACCAAAACCAGAACAGGUGACGUUUGGUGUCAAGAACACGUUGGAAACCAAAGUGGCGGAAUCUGUCACCAAGUUGAGAAGAAGGGCGAAGAUUGGAAAGAGGGGGAAUAUUACCAAAAAUGUUACUAUAGGAGAUAAGUUUAGACCGGUGGCUGAAAACGGGGUGUCUUAUAUAAAUGUAUUUCCUAAAGAUUAUAUGCCGUAA